UGUUAGCUAUUCAGAGAGAAAGGCGAACGAGCGAGAGAGAGGCGGAGAAGCUAGGAGACGCCACGGACAAACCGGUAAAGGGAUUGCGGGUCUCAAACCCACGAUAAACACGGAGAGCUGAGGCUCAUUUCGAGGAGAGAGAGGGAGCUGUGAUCGAAAAAAGGAAGGGGAGGGGACGGCUAACUUUGACAGACCUGCACUGGCCUCCAGUAGCGGACACGAGCCUGGGUUUCGUUUUUGAGUGACGCUGACAAAAACAGUGAUCUGAGGGAGCCCCUUCGUUCUCACCGCAACGGAUCGUCACCCCUCCUUCGCCGCAGCCGCCGACACUCGACCUGCCACCAUGACGUCGGAGCUGGAGAGCAGCUUGACCUCCAUGGACUGGCUGCCGCAGCUGACCAUGCGGGCGGCCAUUCAGAAAGCGGACGCCCAGAACGCUCACGGGCCGGGCAUGGCUAAGAAGAGCGCCCUGCUGGACCCCAACACCACACUGGACCAGGAAGAGGUGCAGCAGCACAAGGACGGCAAACCGCCAUACAGCUACGCCAGCCUCAUCACGUUCGCCAUCAACAGCUCGCCAAAGAAGAAAAUGACACUGAGCGAGAUCUACCAGUGGAUCUGUGACAAUUUCCCCUAUUACAGGGAAGCCGGCAGCGGGUGGAAGAACUCAAUACGGCACAAUCUCUCGUUGAACAAGUGUUUUCUUAAAGUGCCUCGCUCCAAAGAUGACCCGGGAAAGGGUUCUUACUGGGCAAUCGACACAAAUCCAAAGGAGGACACGCUGCCCACACGACCCAAGAAGAGGCCACGGUCUGGAGAGCGGGCAUCUACUCCAUACAGCCUGGAGUCGGAUAACUUGGGAAUGGACUGCAUCAUCUCUGGAAGUGCCUCUCCAACGCUGGCAAUCAACACUGUGACUAACAAGGUGGCAUUGUACAACCCUGACCAGGACGGGAGUGACAGCCCUCGAAGCAGCCUUAACAAUAGCCUAUCUGAUCAGAGUCUGGCCUCUGUUAAUCUCAACAGCGUGGGCAGCGUGCACAGCUACACACCGGUGACGAGUCAUCCAGAGCCGGUGUCCCAGUCCAUUGGCUUGCAGCAGGCCCCUCAGGCCCAGUACAGCAUACCGGACCGCGACAAGCAGCUGCUCUUCUCCGACUUUGAAGAUCUCAGUGCCUCCUUCCGCAGCCUUUACAAGACUGUGUUUGAGCAGUCCUACAACCAACAGGGUCUGAUGGGUAUGCCCUCGGAGUCGUCCCAGCAGACCCACACCUCCUGCUCUUACCAACACUCCCCCAGCAGCACCAUCAGCACCCACCCUCACAACAACCAGAACAGCAUCACUAACUCUCACCCCAACAACAUCCCCAACAGCGGUAGCCAGGUGCCUCUCUCCCACCCCCCUCACUCGGCCCACAACUCGCCCCACGGACAGCACCUCUCCCAGCAUGGCCCUCACACCCAGCACAGCCAGCACCCGCACACGGCGCAUAGCCAGCACAGCCAACAUCCCCAACACAGCCAACAUCCCCAGCACAGCCAACACAGCCAGCACGGGCAGCAUCCCUCCCAGCACCAGGCCCACGGCCAGCACACGGCGCAGCAACAGCAGCAGCAGCACCAGAAUCUCUCCCACCAGCCUCAUCCUGCCCAGCAACAGAUGCAGUGCAACACCGGUCUUCCCAGUGACUGGUACCCCAACCUGGAUGCGCUGAAAGAAAGCUGCCGCAUCGCCAGCAGCUACAACUGGGCUGAUGUGGAUCUGUCACCUUUCCAAGGUUUGAAAGAGAGCAUGAGGCAGGCGGAGCUGAAUAACUGGUCUCUCGAGCCCACUCAGAUGGCAGACCUCUGCUCCUCCAUCAAUCAGUUCUUUGCUCGCACUGGAAUCCAGCCACAGGGGGCAGUGCAGCCUCCGGUGUGCCAUGGCUCCAUGCAUCCAAACAAGCCCAGCCCACACAUCAACACAGUUUGUUUUUCAGGAAACAUGUACAUGGACUCAAGACAGAGCUUGAGUUCUAUGAUGGGUCCGCCCGGAUAUCCUCAUAUGCCGCCCAUGAGCAGCGCUGGCCCCACUAUGACAGGCCAUCACGCUCAGAUGAACCAGCAGCAUAUGAUGCCUGCUGGAAACUUCCAGAUGCGCCGCAUGCCCGCCGACGACAUCCAGGACGACUUUGACUGGGACUCCAUCGUCUAACCCAGUCCCAGAUCGCAAAAGAGUGGUGCAGACAAAACGAGAGAGGAGCGUAUGGAGGCAGAGUGUUUGUGUUACAGAGCAAGAGGGCUGGACCUGAGGUGUCUGCAUGCCCGUGACAGAAGGCAGAUUGGAACGGGACACUUGAAAAAUAGUGCAGGUGUUGUUCAUUAUGACCCUGAAAGAGACUCCUGUGUUCCUGGUGUUUUUAUGAAACAAAAACAAACAAAAAAAAAAGAUAUUACUUUGAAGACAAUCACAUUUACUAGGACGUUUAAGUGAUCGCUUUUAUACUUGUCCAAGGGGCAAGUGGUUCAUGUUUAUGUCAAAUGUCUCCCAACCCACAGCCUUUCUACAAGCCCGCUCAAUUGCCAAGCUUGCCCCUGCUCUUCAACUGUUGUUCUGUGAUUUUUCCAGUAAUAUGUCUGGCUUGUUCUCCCCUCUCAUGGUGACUAACUCAGGCCUUGACUGCCUAUCAGACAAGAUUGGCUCCCUCAUUUGUCUUGUGAAACUUCCUCUGAGAUGCAGGGCACUUUUCGGAAGAGGGCCGAUGGUGCAGGUAAAGUGACACUCAAAGCACCUACCGUUGUUCUCUCUGGUCAUUCAGGCACAAGUAGCCCCCUUUUCUUUUCUUUUUUUUUUUUUUUUUUUUUUUUGCUCUUCUGACCCCACACACUGUAACACGUCGAAGUCGCCAUGCAUCCGAUUCUAGCAGAUUUUACUGAUCAUUAAGGCUCAUAAUGAAACGUGUAAACCACAUUACCUGCAGUAUUUGUACUUGUGUAUCUUUGCUGCCUGAAGUGUGUCAUGUUUUUUUGUCACUAAUAGUUUUAGGUAAGUCUAAACGUGUGCGUCAGAAAAUGAUAUCGAUCCAGACCUCACUAUUAACAUUUUCCCUAAACGCUUUACGUUUGCAUGUACAAUCCUCGUUCUGUCAGCUAUCACCCGUCCAUCUGUAGUCUCCCAAUUGGACUGCAUUGCUUUUAAGUUCAUUUAAAGCCCUCAGGACCUGCCACUGAAACUUUCAUGCAUUGUUUAGUAGCGGACCGGAGAUUUGUGGGAUAACGGAGAGCCCUGUUCACAUUCAGAAAUCAGCCUGCUGUGUGGCUCUUUACAGCAGCGUUGAGAAGGAGAUGAAAAUCACGUCAAGGCACAUUUGCUUAAUGGUCCGCAAUAAAAUAGUCCUCUUUAUUUUAUCCCUAGGACCAACCAACAUGAAAUCGCUUGCUCUUUGCUGCACUGACAAGGACUUUUUGCAGAGAGCGUACCUUCACUUUAGCUGUUGCUUUUGGAUGCUGGGUGUAGCGUAAAACUGAAAGGAGAUGACUAAAAUAUUUAGAUACACUAAUAGCCUUAUUUUGGAGGAAUGUUAACUGCUGCGUUUGAAAAUCUGCUACUAAGAAGUCAUUCAAAGUUUAAAAGUACACACAUUUAGACUCUGCUUCAAAAAAAAUCGUCACCCUGGAUACAGGAACUAGACUGUAACUACGUUUUGUUCUAUCAAGCGACUAUCUCUGUAAUUACUACAUAGUUGAAAGAGUCUGCUAACUUAAACCACAGUGUCAUUUUGUUAUAUCAGCGAUAUUAUGGAAUUUGUUUGUGCAAUAUAAUUAAUUUAGGGCUAUCAGUGAUUACAAUCAUCUCUUUUGAAGAGCACAAAACUAAUGCACAAGAUGUGGACUAGAAUAGCGGAACCCAAAUUAGAAAUAGGUGCGGGCUGUUGACCUUUAGCAGGGUAUUUAUCAGUGAGAAGCAGCACUUCGAUUAGACCAAAUUCUAGAGUUGAAGUGCUUAUUCAGAAAAGCCAUAAAGUGCGAUUGAAAAGGGAAGAUGUGGAUCUGUUUCUCAUAGCUUGAAAGUUUACGCACCCCUGAGUCUCCUUGGCUUUCAGUAGUUUUCAGUCACCUUUAUGGGAUUUGUUUUAUUUAUCAAAGUGUAAGUGCAAAUAGACUUGUAAAAGUGAAAUGAUCUAAUGACAGUUGUUUUUUCUUUUUCUUUUUAUAUUUCAGUAUUAUAAACUCUCAAACAAAGUAUUUACACUAGUCAUUGACAUGUAUUGGCCUUUGGUCAUUAAGGCCCUUAAUGUCAUGGAUCCAUGAAUCCUACUUAACGGUUUGUCAUACAUGUCGCUCUGAUGAUAUGAAAAUGUGUCACAUUACAAGCUCAAAAUCAUAAAGGGAAAAAAUCAUUUUUUGCAUAAAGAUAACUAUUUUUAAGGCCAUUAAAAUUUGGAGUUCUGGCAUUUAUUAUCAUGAGACAUUAAAAAAACUUUUUACUUUUUUUCUUUUUGUAAUUCCCCUUUAUUCUCAGUGAUUAUUUUUAUUAGUCAUUUUCUCAUUACUGUAAUACAGUAAUUUGUAUUGUUGUUUUUUUUUUAUAAAAAACCCAUCAGAACAGAACAAUUUAUAAUAAAGGCAGUAUAACAAAUACUGAAAAAUAAAAUAAAACACUGUUUUAUUCAGCUUUUUUCAUUCAAUUACUAGUAAUGAGCUGCUAUUACAUUUUUACAGUCUUUAUUAUAUAAUUAAAAAAUAAUAGAAUGAAUAUAUAUAUAUAUAUAUUCAUUCUUUUAUUUUUAUAACAAUAAAGAACUUAAUGGUCUUAAAAAUGGGUUGUUGGUUUUUUUUUGAUCAAAAUAUUUUAUUUUGGGGUGAAAUUUUGAGAGGUUUACCCUAAAACGAUUUUAAUGGUUAAAGGGAUGGUUCAUGAAAAUGAAAUUAUGGUUGAUGCGUUCCAUUGACUUCCAUAGUAUGGAAAAAAAUACUAUGGAAGUUAAUGGGGCCUGUCAACUGUUCGGUGACCGACAUUCUUCAGAAUAUCUUCUUUUGUGUUCAACCGAAGAAAGAAAUUCAUACGGUUUUGGAACAAUUCGUGGGUGAGUAAAUGAUGACAGAAUUUAAAAUUUUUUUGGGUGAACUAUCCCUUUAAUCUUCAUGUUCAUGACAUUUCAGCCUGAUUCUUCACCAAAUCCUUUCCACUAUCAGCUAUGUAGUUUGUUACAUAUUCUGAUUUCCAUCAUUACAUAACCAAUCGUCAGAUCCUCUGAUGCUAAUGGGGUUUCAAUUACCGAAGUCUAACACAACCCUGAAAUCCAACUCAGCUGGCCGUGAUGCUGAAUUUGUGAGUCUGCUUUUACAAGAGAAGAAAAACAAUGACAGAACUGUUAUCCACUUUACCCCAGACUGACUGUUUAACGUCUGUGUUUUUUUGUUGGACUGCGAUGCUGUGCACAUUGUUCUUAAGCUAAGCUCCAUUGCCCAAAUCUGCUUUGGCUCCCCGCACCCUUUUCUUCCUGUUUUCUUUCCGUCGGCUGUUCGUCUCAUGUUUUUGUUUGGAUGCUGUCGAAGUGUUCACGAGCCUCAUUCACCUAGCCUCAGUGUUUGUCAUACAAAGAGCUUUUAUCCGGUCAUUUGUGCACUUUGAAAAGAGUUCAGAAGCACAAACGCUCACGUCGUUUAUUAACUCAAGCAGGAUCUCACCUCGAGUGAAUGUCUGGCAUCGAUCCACCCUCGGUGUGAACUUUAAUCCCAUACUGUGGUGUUCACCCUCGAUCAUUGGUUUGUCUGGAUUGUCGACCACAGAAGGACUGUCUGUUUUAAGUUGGAAAUAUUUCGUAUGUAUUGCCAAUCUAUUUGUGGUAGUGAUGUGUUUGGAUCUCUUGUUUGCCAAAGAGAGGAAGUCAGUUUUUGCAGCAUUUAAGGCGGCAGGUAAUUGGCGUAAAGUAAGUCUGAAGGAUCGGACUGAACAGAAAGCUUCAAGGGAGCGCAAGAGAAUACGAGCUGGACAGGUGACGAGUUCUCUCUCUCUUUCUUCCUCUUUUUCUCAAAAAAGAAAAAGGAAAAACAUUGCUCCUCUGAUUUUGUGUUUGUGUUGUGUGAAAGUUUUAACUGUUUAAAAACAACUCAGUUUUCGUAAAACAAAAGAAGAAAAAAAGAACUUAAAACAAGUGGAGAUGCAUCUGCCAGAGAGAUUACUGUAAUCAAGGAAGAUUUGAGAAGCCUUGUUACAUUUACGGGAGAAAACUGCCAACAAGUUCUGGUAUUUGGAGCCUAUUUUAUUCAUUGUUGGUGUGUUGUUGUGCUUACUGUAAAUAUAUGUCUUUUCGAUUGUCCUUUUUUCCUCUGGGGUGGCGAGGGAUCAAGGCAAGGGCUCGGGUUCACCUGCGAAAGAAAAGAGGGAGAUGAAUACAGAGUAUUUUGUUAUUGUCCAAUCCAAGGGUGACACAGUAUGUAUAUAUCUAUAUUGUAUAUAUGUGAUGAAAAUGCGUUGGCUUUUUGUGUGACACUACCUUUUACCUGUACUAUGGUUCAACAUUCAGUGUUUCAGUGUUUAUAUUCUAUUUUAAUCUUUGUUUUCUGUUUGAUUUUGUCCUGGUCAUUACUUGUAUUUGUUGUUUCUUUUAUUUUCCCCUUUUUGUCCUUUUUGUUAUUGCACGGUUUAUUACUUUUGCUGUCCAAUAAGAUGACACGGCUUCUCUUUGUAUUGGUUUUAGUGCUGUAAAAUAACUCUGAAGUGUCAUUAGAAUUGUCAAUACCACCCCUUCCCCCGAUAUGCAUGAAUGGCACUUAAAGAAAUAAAAUAUGUUAACUUCA